AUGAAGAAGUUCCUCAAUGUCAACAGUUGGCCCAAGAGUGCCGCCUACCUCAAGAAUUUGUAUGCCAAAUCUGAAGAACCCAUGCCAAUCACGCCCCUCUAUCCUCACAAUCACUUGAUUUCCAAUCCAAUUCUGCUUCAUGUCCUCAAGCACAUCUCAACUGAACAGCACAAGCAGAUCCAAGCAGGCAACAAGUACAAGAUCAGCAAGAACGCCUUCAAGGAGCUCCUCAUUGCCUGCCAGAGACAUGUCAAGUUCCUGAGCAAGGCAAGAAAGUUGGCUACACACCUCAUGGAUAGGGACUUCAUCCACCUCAAGAACAAGGUGGCUACUGGAGAGUGGUCAAUAUAUGCCAAUAACAUCCACUCCAAGAGUGCUGGUGGGGUCCAACACAAUGGCCUCUACACCAUCUUCAUCAGUCAAGUGAACAAGUCCUAUACCUUCAAUCCAGAGUCACUGCUGGUCCAGGACAUCACCAAGAUUCCCAAGCUCAUGGCCUACAAGAAGCCCUCCCUCAUCAAGAGGUGGAACCUGAAGUGGGUCCACAUUGCUCCUCAACCAUGGAUCAUGACACAAGUGCCACAAGAGCAGGAGCCAGAGCAGGAGCUGGAGCAGGGACAGAAGCCACAACUCUGA